AUGGCAGGACAUCCAGGCUCCCCAAAGCAGAAAUACAUUGCUCAAUACACUGUUUCUCCUUACGCUCAAUCUCCACUGAAGGGUUCUCUUGAGAACGCAUUCUUCAACACUUUCAGAAGAACUAAGGCCCAGUUUCUGUAUGUUACUGUUCCAGCCUUGAUUGUCUGGGAAGUUUGGGUUUGGGCCAGAGACUACAACGAGUACCUUUAUACCAAGGCCGGCCGUGAAGAAUUGGCCAAGGUUAACGUUUGA